AAGUCCCAUGGCCUCGUCCGUUCGUGGACUCGUAGAGAUUGCACCCACGGAAUCAGAACCGUCGUCCUCGUUCUUGAUCCAGACGAGAGAGAAUGUGUGCCCGCCCGGCCGCCAUAGCCCCAAAGGUCGCCGCCAUCUGGAUAAUUCUCGAGUGUGGCCGAGUCCCCCACCGAGACGGAGAAUUUCACUUGCAGCCAUCUCAGUCUUCCCUUCCCUUGCCUUCACGACGACGGCGACGACAACGACGACCUUUCUUCAGUCCCUUUCGUCACAUCUGAUGCACCAUAUUCCAGCUUCGCUUGAGGACGCCGCCGUCUUCGUGGGCACACAAACCUUCUUCGCUCCCGUCUCGCCCACCGACAGAGAGACCUUGACGAAGUGAUGUGAUGUGUGAGCUCGGAUGACGAAUCUGCAUCCGAUAUCUUCUUAUCUUCCAAGAGCCGUGUCUGACAUUCUGGGCACAUGGAGUGCGAUACCUUACUCACUUCACUUCCUGCUCCCUCUUUGACAAUUUCUCAGUCAGUCUCAGAGUCUCAACUGCCCGACCCCCAUGAUUGAUACAGAUGGAGCUUCCCGCUGAGCUUCCCCCCUCACCCUGUGCUCGUUGAAACUCGAAUCAUGAGUCAGUAAGUGGUCCCCCUCGACCCAUGCAUGAGCAUGGAUGAGCUUUUGGAGCCGUUAGUAGUGGA